UGCAGUUGCUUUUAGAGCUUAAUAAAUAAUAAGUUAUGGAACUGUAACCAUUUAAAAACUUAGUUGCAAAAUAGUAUGGAUACUGAACUUGAUGAUAUUUUACACGAAAGCUUUGCUGAACAUGUCCGAGAUAUCAAAGGUAGUUAUUAUAAGGGCGUGUGGUUGCCUCAAGAUUACUUGAAAAUUACCGACGAUAUAGAAAAUUUUAGAGUACGUGAUGAUGACGUCUGGGUGUGCAGUUUUCCAAGAUCAGGGACAACUUGGACGCUAGAAAUGGUUUGGUGCAUAUGUAAUGAUCUGAAUUUUGAAAAAGCCAAUAAAAUCCUAUCGACGGAGCGAGUUUUCUAUUUAGAAUUUUUAGGAGCUACUACUGCAGGUAUUUCAAUGGCCCGUAAAGGUUUAGCUUCUAAAUUGACUAUCGAUAGUGCUAAUCGAUUACCAAGUCCUAGAUUCUUUAAAAGUCAUUUACCAUUUCAUUUACUGCCAAAAGAUUUAAGAACAGGGAAUACAAAAGCUAAAAUUGUUUAUAUAACUAGAAACGUCAAAGACGUGUGCAUAUCGUACUACCAUUUACGCAAAAAUUCAAAAAUUUACUGUGGAACCUUUGACAAUUAUUGUAGACUAUUCUUAGAAAACAGAUUGGCUUAUACCCCUUAUUGGAAUCAUCUAAUUGGUUAUUGGAAAGCUAAAAAGUCGCAUAAUAUUUUGUUUCUAAAAUUUGAAGAUAUGAAAACGGAUUUACCAUCAGUUAUCAAAUCAGUUACUCGUUUCUUCAAUACUUCAUUGAUUGACAAACAAAUGGAAGCGUUAUGUGACCAUUUAAGUUUUCAUAAAAUGCAGCUGAAUCCAACAACGAAUGGACAAAUAGAUUACAAACCUGUCCUAGAAAAUUGUUACAAUAUCAAAUGUUCAGAUGUAGCUUUUUUUAUAAGAAUAGGUCAAUCAGAUCAAUGGAAAACAGACAUGUCGGAAGAAUUAAUAAAAACGUUUGACUCUUGGGAAGUAGAAAAUUUAAAAAACUAUCCUGAGUUGAGAACACAUCUUCUAUAACGUAAAUAACUAAAUGUUACAAGUAUUAUUCUUCAUGUAAAAGGACAACAUUUUCCAUUAAAAUCAAUCAAGCUAACAGUCUUGUAAAAUUAUUCGACCGUUAUUAA